CCAGACCCGACCGACCGGCGCCGCCGCUGCAGCGAGAAGAUCCUCAGCCUCGCCGCACCCUCCUCCUCCCCGUCGCCGCGGGAGGCGCUUGCGUCCCGGUGACGAGCGAGCCGUCGCCUCGUCCGCGACGGCGACGGCGACGCCUCCGCUGCUCUGGUACUGAUUUGACGGAACACCGGUGGCAGUCAAUCACCAUGACGAAAAGAAGCCACGCGACCGUCCUUGACGACCUGCCCGACUGGAUUGUCAUCGAAGAGAUCCUUGUCCGUUUGCCCCCCAAGGACCUCCUUCGCUGCCGUGCUGUCCGCAAGAUGUGGCACAGUGCCACCUCCAGCAACAAGUUCAUGCUCGACAACUGCCGCCGUCAACCCUUGCUCCCUGUGAUCAGAAAGCAUAUCCCUGGGCAGGAAGGAGUCGGGUUCAUUGUCUUCUGUGAUAACGAUGCAGGAGCCUCCGACCAAAACCUCUGGCCAAUCAUUCAGCACUCUAAGUUAAGUUAUCUCGUGGGCACCUGUGAUGGCCUUCUAAUCUUGGCCGGCGAAUCCGAUUUCUGGAUCUGCAACCCGGCCACUCGCAAAUGUGCUCUACUACCACAACCUCGAGUUUCAUCGCCUUCGUCAGAGGGUUCCGAUGACUACGUAGCUGGCUUCUACCGGCACCAUCCAUCUGGGGAAUACCGGGUGCUCUGGUUCUCAAAUGGCUCAUAUCGUGGCUACAUCCUAACGGUAGGAUCCGACAAGCCGAGGAUCGUUAGUCGGCCGUCAGUGUCAUCACGUUUGCCGAAAUGCAGGCGCGAUAUGGCUUUUGAUUCCUGCUGUAGUUCACAAGUCAACCACCGGGGCAGCCUGCACUGGUUAACGGGAAUGGAGACGGAGACUUCUGUGGACAUCUUGGUGUUCGACACAGUAACUGAGACGUUCCGGUGGAUGCGCAGUUCUGGCCAGUUGGGCUAUCAGGUGUCAUUGUGGGAGAUGGACAACAAGCUUGCUUCAUGCAGCACCAAUGAUGCCAGCAUAGAGAUUUGGAUGAUGCAAGACUACGAGGCUGAGGCCUGGGCCUUGAAGUACCGAAUUAACUUGUUAGCGAUGAAGACAUUACCACAAUUCGAGUAUGUUUCUAAGAUGGCACUGCUUAACCAGCGUGAGCUGCUGAUCUAUUGUCACACUGCAUCGGAGUGUCCCGACUUUAUGUUGCACUGUGACAUUGAUGGAAAGUUUUUGGGAUAUGUUGAAAUCAAAGAGGGAAAGUACUCCGUAUACUUCACUUAUCAGUACUUUCAGGAGAGCAUUCUUCCACUUCCGUUCUGUGAGAUGCAAGAAGAAGGUGGUGUGGAUAAGGAGCCUCCAUUCUUCAUAGGGCUAUAAGGCGGUUUGUACUUCUAGUUUGCCAUGUACGCUUUCGGAGUUUCCAUCAUAUAUGAGCAUGGUCCUAGUUCUUACCUUAUAGUACUACCUGUAGAACUAAACACUUUAUAUGGCUGUGUUAUCACUUU